GGUGUGCAUGCACGCAUGCACCGGAACGGAGACGACGGCGACGACGGGGACUCGUGUCGGGUAUUAUUCGCAGCCAUGAAUCGCGAGGGACUACCGCUACUUUUCAAGGAUGCCAAUUCCGAAUUAUCGCUUUUGUUCGCGACGUUGUGCGUCAUCGACAUCUUCGGCGUUUUCCCGAUUAUCGCGUUACCGCGCUCGAUCGUACAAUGCGGACUCUACGGGAUCCCUUUGGUCAUCGUCGUACUGUUUCUGCAAGUGUACACGGCCGUACUCCUUGGCAAAUCAUGGAUAAUCGCGACCACUCUGGACCCUCAAAUUUUCCGGAAAAAUCGAAAUCCCCUCGCGGCGGUUACCGAAUUGACUCUGGGUUCUCGAGCAAGGAUGUUAGUCACGGUUAUCCAAGACAUCACCGUAUUUGGCUGCAGCAUACCUAAUCUGUUAGUUGCCUCGCAAAACUUACAAAAUUUCGGAUUGAAAAUCUCCGGCCAACGGUUCGAUCUCUCAUUUUGCUACUGGCUUCUAGUAGUGGGCGUUCUUCUAUGUCCGAUCAUGUGGCUCGGCAGUCCGCGAGACAUGAAGGUGUUAGCGUCGAUUUCUUGCACAACGGUCGUGCUAACGGCGGUAUUGAUAUGGUGGUGCAUAAUCACGGAUGCUCGAGAGCUCGACGUCGGCCCGGUGCCGACUGCUCCUACCUGGGAUAAAUUUAUCUCCGGCUACGGAAUGCUAGCGUUUCAAUUCGACGUACACCCGACUCUGAUGACCGUGCAAGUAGACAUGAGUCAUCCUCGGGACAUCGACAAGGCUGUUAUUAUCUCGUUCUUCGUUAGCGGCUCGUUGUUCGUCGUCACUACCGUGUUGUCAGUCUUUAAAUACGGUGGUAGCACGACCGCCAAUGUUCUCCAAGAGAUUCCGGACAGUUUUGCAGCCAGCGCGGCUGUGCUGAUCGCGGCCGUUCAACUUUGCCUGUCCAGCGCUCUCGGUCAUUCGGCACUCUUCCAGGACCUGGAGGAUCAAUACCGUGUUCGAAGAGGUAAGUCGGUGAUCGGUGAACACACGAUCGAGCGUUCAAAAACUGAUUCGUCGUGUGCGAUUCGAAUUGCAGGCUUCGGAUGGAAACGAUGCGCCAUACGAUCGGCCAUUGUUUUUCUCGGAGUGGCCGUAGGCGAAUCCGUCCCGAGGUUCGACAUCGUGAUGGCGUUGAUCGGAGGAUCGUUGACCGGACCAUUGGUUUUCGUCUUACCACCUUUGAUCUACUCGAGAGCUAUCGCUCUCGAGGCAAGAUCCGUGCGACCUCUGACCCCCGAGGUGUACUCCGGUUCCCAGAGACGUCGCAACAGCGAGCAGAGCAUGUCGAUCGAUCCGAGGAUUCACUCGAAAUCUAUUUACUACGGUAUCUUGGGUGUACCUAAAAACGAAUUCCAAAGAUACUCGUACGUUUACUACGACGAGGAACUACUGGAUGACGAAUUCGACCAAGAUUCCGAUUACAAAGGCGAUGCCGAGCAGAAUCCUGGACAGAGCGAAGGUUUCAUAAUGACUAGAAGAGCUCGGGACGACCCGGUAUUCGUGGACGCCAGCCGACCGUUCAGAGUCUACAGGAGAUCCCCGGGUGCGCCGGAGCGACUCGUCUCGACUUCGACGAUACGUUUCGGCUCACGCAAAUGGAACGAUUGGAUCGGUUGCCUGAUCGUCUUCUUCGGCGUCGCAGUUACCGUUUCUUCGACGUACAUUAAUGUCAGAAACACCAUUCGAUACGUACGAUUCGUGCCACCGUGCAUCGUGAACGCCUCGGUAGUACAAAGUCCAACGUAAAUCGGUUCGCGUCGAAAGAGAGCACACAAAUUUUUCUACGUUUUUGAAACAUCAGAGAUACAAGUAUUUUUAUCAUCGAUACGAAAAGUAGGAAGUCUCAGUUUACAAUGUCAAUUUUCAAGAAUAUAUCACAAUUUUUCACCA